GGAUAGGGGGCGUGGUCUCCAGUCUACCAGCGUCUCAGUGGUCCAUCUAGUCUAGCUUGGUGUUUUGAACUGUAGCUCUAGCUGGGGUGCAAAUUCUAACCAAUUUGCUCCUCAUAUACAAAGCAAGAUGAGAGGCAAGACUCCAGGACGUACCAAUUUCAAGAUUUCACUGUGAGGACAACAGAAGCAAGCAGCCAUGCUCUCUCUGAUGUUGCCACAUCUCAACCAACCUCACACCAACCUCAUCAUUGCUAUUUAGACAUAAUUAUAUAGAUCAUCUAACCAUACUUGCAUUCUAGCUCCAAAAAAAGCUUAAGACCUUCAGAAAAUGGCUGAUACGAUGCCCUCAGGCUCAGGCAACCCAGGAGCUAGAGGGGGAGGGGCUCAUCCUGCAACACUCAGAACUGGAGAGUUGUCAGGGGAGUGUGUGUUCCAGGUGGAGGAUCACAUCACAGUGGAUCAGUUCUCUGAGCUCAUGGCUGCCUUCCAACGUCACGGGCGACAUCGACACUCCCAGGGAACCGUGGCGAUGCCCACGGACAACUUCCAAGCCCUCCUCUCACAAACAUUGCACAGACCUGAGGGAGACGAGAGGAUCUCACUCCUCUGCAACAAAAUUGACUCUGGUGGAGAUGGUGUUAUUCAAAAGGACAAGUUUUGCUCUUACUUUCUCCAACAACUGAGAGAGAAGGACUCCUCUAAUGUCCAUCACCUGCCAUUCCAAGAGCCACCAAAGUUCAGGCACAACAUGGCCUCCAAGGAGACGCUCUGUCGCCUCAUGUUCUCCGGACCUGUCCCAAGAUACAUCUCCAUCAGCAAGGACGGUGGUGCUGGCGUAUGGAGCUCAAGCUUACACUUUCAGCGAGGGUUUAUAUUGGAGGGUAGUACGGACUCCCACACAGUCACCAGGGGAACCUCAGGCCCCACCCUCUGGGUGACUGACUGCACCCUAAUGGCAGACUGCAAUAAACUAGUCAUCUCUACAACCGCCAGAGAGCUGCUCUUCUACGACAUCUCCACCACCAUCUUUACUUGCCAGUACCAGAUACACGAUUGUCCAUCGGUGGUGCUUUGUAUGACCUACCACUGCAGCUGUGACUCCAUUGACUCGGGAGGUGGUUCAACGGCCUCUUAUUUGCUCUAUGGAGACAUGAGUGGUUCAGUUAGCAUCCUGUCUUUCACCAACCCCCAGACGGGGCUGUUUGUGGGGGGCAGUUUGGACGAUCAGGCAACCCCCCAGAUGAUAGCAUACGCUAGACUUACCGAACAUGCCCAGUGUGUGACGUUCCAGACGAUGCCCCAGCUCCACCCAGACUGGGUCCGUCGCAUCAGCUACGUGUGGCACAAUCAUUCCUUUAUCUCAUGUUCCAACUCUCCCAUCAACUCUCUUGUGAUGAGAGACGUAGGGAGAAAGAGGAAAAGCUACAUCUUUAGAGUUCGGAAGGGGGUGCUCUGUUUUGACUACUCCCACCAGCUGGAGAUCCUAGUGACUGGCAGUAUUGAUCACGUGGUGCGAUUGUGGAAUCCCUACGUCCCCUCUAAACCCAUGGCUGUACUCAAGGGACACACUGCAGCUGUGCUUGAUGUGGUGGUGGCCAGUGGGUGUGGUCUCAUCUUUUCCUACUCCCAUGACGCAUUGCUAUGUGCUUGGGACCUCUACGAACACGUACUGGUACAGAAGAUCCAUGUCCGGUUCCCGUUCUCGCAGCGUCUCCCUGACUACGGCCCCUCGGUCCUCACUCUCCACACAUCACACACGCCCACACUCGUGGUCGUCUGCAACGAGUACAUCGCCGAGUUCAAAGUGGGGGCCACUCUCACCGGAUUGGCCACUGGAGGAGGUGUGGCUCUAACUAGCCACGCCCACCCACUGUCGGCAGCAGUCUACAACCCACACCUCCACCAGGUGGUGAGUGGGUGUGAAGGGGGCGUGGUCACCAUAUGGGACAUUGAUAGCGGACGCCAGGUGCUAAGGUUUGCCAAUUGCCAUGGUAACAACGAGAUCACGGCCCUCUGUUUGGAUACCACUGGACGUAGACUGGUCACUGGAUCAAGAGAUGGAGACAUAAAAGUUUGGAACUGUUCCAACGGCAGCUGUCUCAAACACAUGGCGGGUGACGGGUACACAGAGGUCACAGGGGUCAUGCACAUCCUGGAGAAGAGUAAGUUCCUGUCCGUUGGUUGGAACAAACGAAUCACGACGUACCUGGAUGAGCCAGAUAUUUUUAAAGUGAGCCCGGACAAUUCCUGGAGGGGGAAGGAGACUCAUCACCAUGACGAUAUCCUUUGCUUUUCGUACUGCCCCCCAUUCUAUCUAGCCACUGGGAGCUUUGAUGGGGAGAUCAAGGUAUGGAACAUGGACACGGAGAAGGUUGUGUCCACGUUCCAUUCCACCACCAGGAUGAAGCCUGCAAUGCUACCAAAGAUGCGAAAAACCAGUGUCAGCUCCCAGGUUGCUAUGAGUAGGAGGAGCUCUCUAAACAGCUCUCGUCCUGUCAGUAGAAGAAUGUCCACCUACAGAAUGAGAUCAAGCUCGGUUCACUUGCAUCACGUACCCGUGAACCAACUGCUUUUCUUGAGGUCAAGGCUCAGAGGUCACCAGAAAGGGUCAGCAACGCUCGUCUCCAGUGAGGGGGGCGUGGCUCGUUUCUGGGACAUAUUUAGUCCCUCCAGCGAACCAUUAGGUUGGUUCCCUCUGACAGAGAGUGAGGAGGAGUGUGUGAUGGCACUCAAGACAGACCCCCUGGAGAGAUUGCUGCUGGCGGGGGACACUGCAGGGGGUAUCUCUAUCUACGAUAUCACUAACUUCUGCACCACAUCUCACAAACCACAAGAGACGUUCUUCCGACCAGUGUCCCACUGGCAGGCACACUCGAGUGAGGUGGUCUCCAUUGACUACAUCGGACAUGAGGCCCAACCCCUAGUCCUGUCAGCAUCAGGAGACUCUACACUGAGAUUAUGGACUCUCUCCGGUCAUUACAUCGGAAUGUUUGGUCAGAGGCAGUUCUGGAACCUCAAGAAUCCCUCCACAUUCCAGCACCCCUAUACCCCCUGGGGGGAGGUCCAGUGUCCUCCCUCCCACCUCCCGGGACCCGAGGCUGCUACCCAGAGACUCCCCAGUAGAGCUACUACCCCUCGUCCAGGAACACCUGGAAGAAGUUUAAAAACACACGUGCUGAAAGAAGAAGAGGCGUCCUAUCAGAUUGCAGCAUCGGGAAGCAGCUCCUCUGCUUCUAUUGCAGACAACGCAGGAGGUCUUGUACGCCCCCUCACAGACAAGUCGCUGGGAUGCAACUAUAAUGAUAGUAUCCACAAGAGGAUGUUUGGUCGUCACGAGAGGAGAGCACAAUAUGCUGAGAUCAACACUAAGGCCACUCAGAGGUUCGGCUCCCUCUGCUCACCCUAUCAGGCACUACAGCUGCUCAAUUUGGAGGAUGUGAGAAUGCCUCAGGAGAUGGUAUCCGUGGUGCAUCAAACAGAGUCCUAACUCACUAACACUGCAUGUGCAUGCAAAUGUUGUGCAUUUUAUCCCCACUCAGUAGUAAUUGUUUAUGUCUCUCUCUGCAUGCAUUCGAUUUCAUGUUUGUGUUUAUGGAA